AUGAACUCCACACAGUUUUCUAACUUCAAACUUGCUGCCUACUUUGACACUGGACUGUUAAAAUAUCUAUUUUUCAUGAGUCUCACAUUGUUAUAUGUUUUAAUUCUUUGUGCCAAUGUGUUGCUGAUUGUGAUUAUCUGUAUGAACAGAAGUUUACAUGAACCUAUGUACCUGUUUCUGUGCAGCCUGUUUGUAAAUGAACUGUAUGGUAGUACAGGGUUGUUUCCAUUCCUUCUGCUUCAGAUCCUCUCUGACAUUCACACUGUUUCUGUUCCCUUUUGUUUCCUGCAGAUUUUCUGUUUGUACUCGUAUGUAGGUGUGGAAUUUUUCAACUUAGCCAUCAUGUCUUAUGACAGAUACCUUGCUAUCUGUUAUCCUCUACAAUAUAACACACAAAUGACAUCUAACAAGGUCGCCAUGCUUAUUGCUGCAACAUGGUUUCCCCCUUUUCUUGCAGUUGUUGGAACAAUAUCCUUGAGUUCCUCUUUACAGUUGUGUGGAAACAUCCUUAACAAAGUGGCCUGUGACAACUACUCUAUUGUGAAACUGGCCUGCUCUGACACAACAGUAAAUAACAUUUACGGACUUGUUACCACUACUCUCAUAGUUGUUGCUCUUUUAAUUUUAAUUCUUUACACUUACGUGAAGAUUCUUAAAGUUUGUUUUUCUGGUUCUAAACAGACCAGACAAAAAGCUGUCAGUACCUGCACACCUCACCUUGCUUCUCUGCUCAACUUUUCUUUUGGGUGUUUCUUUGACGUAGUACAGACCAGGUUUAGUAUGAACAGUGUACCUGUUAUGUUGCGAAUAUUUCUGUCAUUAUAUUUUAUAACAUGUCAGCCACUCUUCAGCCCUGUACUGUACGGACUGAAAAUUACCAAGGUUCCAAGAAUCCUGAACAAAACGGGUUCAAGAACUAGAGCUGAUUUGGUGGAAGAAGGGUAAGUGUGAGGACAGAAAGACUGUUCCAUGUCCAAAAAAGUACUGCUAACUUUGAGAGCCGUCUCAGGCUACAUUCACACCAAAAUGUUUUCAUUUUAAAAUGGAAACAUCUCAGCCCAGACAAGUGUUUUAGCUGUUUAUCAGAAAUACCUUCUGUCCAUAUUAACACACCUGAAAACACACAGGACAUGACCAUUCCCAUACACUAGACAUGUACCUGCCAAUGUAAACUUGGGGCCGAUUGUCUUCUCUGCAUGUGGUUGCUUAGUUGCUGAAAGUACUAUGAAAAAAAUAUAUAACGGUUGUGUAAUUACAUUCUGGACAACAGUUGCUAACAAAGAUGCCAAGAUCAGCAACCCUUGUAAUUUGUUAUCCAUGUUGCCUUCACAGCUGGCAGUCAAGCCCUUAGUUGAAGCUGGUAAGAACCAAUCAGGAAGUGAAUGUGGGUGUCUGUGUCAUCUUUACCAAAAGUCUGAGUUUUUGCUCAUCCAGACAAAAAUUCAACCCCUGACUUUUCAGGCUAAAACAGAACCAGCAAAAGUCUGGAAAUGUC